AUGCAUCUGCUUUCGUUCUUGCCAUUUGCGGCAACCUUAGCGGUUGUUGCUGCCAAGCAACCAUCACAGGGUCAAACACCUCUCGGACCAUCGACUCUUUUCCAGAUCCCUAUUAUAGGGUUUGGAACAUGGAACUUGAAGGACAAUGCUACAGAGGCAGUGUCCCACGCAAUCCAUACCGGCUACACACACAUAGAUUGUGCUGCCGUAUACGGCAAUGAGAAAGCUGUGGGCAAGGGCAUCUCUGAGGGCCUGAAGAAAGCUGGACUGUCACGCGAAGACAUUUGGGUUACCUCCAAACUUUGGAACGACCACCACGAUCCCUCUAAAGUCGAGGCUGCUAUCGACAAAACGCUAUCCGAUCUCAACCUUGACUACCUGGAUCUGUAUCAUAUGCACUGGCCAGUUGCCGAAACGAGCAAGGGCAAUGAAAUCUAUUUCCUCGACACCUGGGAGGCCAUGGUGCAGUUGGUUCAGUCAGGCAAGACUAGACGCAUUGGAAUCUCAAAUUUUUCGCCAUCGCAACUCGACACCUUGCUGAAUCAUACAACUCAUGUUCCAUAUUGCCACCAAAUGGAAUUACACCCCUAUCUGCAGCAGGAAGACUGGAUAAGUUAUCACAAGGUCCGGGGCAUCCAUGUGACGGCCUACUCGCCGCUUGGAGGAACCAAUCCCACCUACCAAGAAAAGGCAAAACAUAUGCCUCCACCUUUACUCAAGAACAAAGCCAUGAUAAAGCUGGCAAAGAAGCACAACUCCACGACUGCGGGAAUAUCAUUGGCUUGGGGUAUGAGUCGAGGUACAAGUGUCAUACCCAAGAGUGCACACGUAGAGAGGAUCAACGAAAACUUUGAGAGUAGGCAUAUCGAGCUGGAUUCGGACGACCUUGAAAUCCUCGCAAAGCUGGGUCGCGAUUUUACAUACAGGUACAAUAAUCCAAGCAAGAGCUGGAAUGUCAAGCUGUAUGAAGGUUUAGAGGGCGCGUAA